UGACAGUUUUUGACAAUUAAAAAAAAAAACAAAUUGAAGAAAUUAUAUUGGAUAAAUUUUUAUUUUAAUUUAAAUUUUGAGGUGAUCUUUAAAUUAAAAAAUUUUAUAUAUAGAUAAUUUGCAUAAAAGUUGGAUUUUUUUUAAAAGCCACGUUAAAAUACGCAGGAGCUUCUGAAAUAGAUUUUAGAAAUAUCCAAUUAAUUUUGAUUUUUUAUUCGAUAUUGGAAGAAAAAUUUUAAGUUUCAUAGGUUCGAUAUACAACAUGAAAGAAAUUUGUAACAAUUUCUUUUUAUAGUAGCACCUAUAAUGACUGAUAAGACUAAUCGUGGAGUCAGCCGGGUCUUGUCCAAAUUAGAGGCAUCUAUUGCUGCUGGCAAUUAUUAUGAAGCACAUCAGAUGUAUAGGACUUUAUAUUUCAGAUAUAAUGCACAAAAAAAAUAUGACGAAUGCUUAGAUUUGCUUUACAGAGGAUCACUCACUUUAGUAAAUAAAGAGCAAUAUUCUAGUGGAGCAGACUUGGCUUUAUUAGUUAUUGAAACUCUUGAAAAGAAAGGGACUGAAAUUGGUGAGGACAUCGAUUUAUGGAUACAAAGGCUAGGUGUGCUUAUAAGAAAAAUAACUCCUACUACAGUUGAACGGGAAGCUAUAAUUAAUCGUGCUGUACGCUGGAGUGGUGAAGUUUCAAAAAACAAUUUAGGGAAUCCGCAAAUGCAUAAGGUAAUUGCUCAAAUAAUGUGGGCUGAAAAUAAUAUGGAACAAGCAAGACAUCACUAUUUAUUAUCACGUGAUGGUUUAAGUUGUGGGCAAAUGUUAGUUAAAUUAAGUCAAAGCAAAGGAUAUGAAAGCGAGAUCGAUUUAUUUAUAGCACAAGUUGUAUUGCAACAAUUAUGUUUAAAAGAAACUGAUACAGCAUUACAAACUUUUGAGACAUACACAAAGUAUCAUCCAAAAAUUGCGUCUAGUGAACCGCCAUUCAUAUUGCCAUUACUAAAUUUUAUAUUUUUCCUAUUGAAAACUAUUGAAGCUGGCGGUCGUUUAAUCGCUUUCAAGUCAUUAUGUGAUUUAUAUAAACCAUCAAUUGAACGUGAUCCAUCAUAUGAAAAGUAUUUACAAAAAAUUGGGGUAAUAUUCUUCGGUGUUCCAUCAACUCAACCAACUGGCGGCUUAAUGGGAGGUAUGUUUGGUGAUUUGUUUAGACUGUUUCGCGGACUUGAAGAUGAGGACGAUAAUGAUGAUGACGAUGAAAGGAACUCCACCAAUACCAGUCGAGGCAUCAAUAGAAAUAACGCAAAUAACACCAGUCCGGUCGAGCUAGAUUAGCAAUAUUGAUAAGUUUCUUAUAAAUACACACAAUAUAUUAAAAUUUAACUAAAAGUAAUAUCAGUAGAAUGUAAUUUAUGAUACAGCAAUCGAUUGAGUGUUAAUAUUAUAUUAUUUUGCUUUUUUAAAAAAAAUAAACGAUGAAACUAAU